CAUCGCAGGGCGCUUGGAGAGCUGAUGUCUGGCUCUGGUUCAUGGAGUCUCCUAGUGUCUCUCAGAUUUCAGGAAGUCUUUAAAGGCAUCAGCUGCUGUCUGCCCCUACUGCUCUAUAUUAUGGUCGUGCAGUCGUGAUACGUGUGGAUCGUUCGUGUGGCUCUCAGUCGGGCAGCAUGUCCACCCGGCAAAGCCCGAACUUUGGUCGUCUGUGCGCGGUCUGUGCGCACUUUCUGUGCUUGUUGACUGUCUGCUGCGCUGGAAGUCUGUUUCUGCGAGCUGGUGGCACGCUGGAACAUUAUGACAUCAUUGAACCGCGCCUUUAUAUUGGAGGACAGCAGAAACCAAUUAACCUCCUUAAGUCACUGGGUCAUCCUGGAUCACUGAAGGUUCUUAUUGAAGUGGAUGGUGAGGAUCUGCUGCUGGUUUUGCAGAAGAAUGAAGGUCUGUUUGCUGGUCACUACACAGAAACACACUACCUGGAGGACGGACGUGUCACAACCUCACCAAAUGUCACUAUUCACUGCUAUUAUCACGGUGAAGUGGAUGGACACCCGGGCUCAGACGUCACCCUCAGCACCUGUACUGGACUCAGGGGAUUGAUAUUAGUUGAAGAUAAAGUAUAUGUGCUGGAGCCAAUGCAGGAUGGGAACAGCAGCACGCAUCGUAUCUAUAGAGGAGAACACUUCAAGUUCAACCGGGGGACGUGUGGACAUGGGGACAAUAUUUCAUAUCCCAUAGACUUCUUCAAUACUACAAGAACAGACUUUAAUUCUUACAGCAGUAGGAUUAAAAGAGAGGCUCAGAGCAGCACCAAACAUGUGGAGUUGAUCAUCGUGGCCGACAACCGCGAGUAUCAGAAGCAGGGGAAGGACAUGGAGAAGGUGAAACAGAGACUCGCUGAAAUCGCUAACUAUGUGGACAAGUUUUAUAGAUCUUUGAACAUCCGUGUAGCUCUGGUAGGGUUGGAGGUUUGGAGCGAUGGAGACAAAUGCUCAAUCAGCCAGGAUCCGUUCACAUCACUUCAUGAGUUUCUGGACUGGAGAAAGCUCAAGUUACUUCCACAGAAAGCUCAUGAUAACGCUCAGCUUAUCAGCGGCGUUUAUUUUCAAGGCACCACUAUCGGUAUGGCUCCCAUUAUGAGCAUGUGUACUGCAGAACAGUCAGGAGGUAUCGUCAUGGAUCACUCAGAUAACCCCCUCGGUGCUGCAGUUACUUUGGCCCAUGAGCUUGGACAUAACUUUGGAAUGAACCAUGACACACCAGAGCGGGGGUGUGGCUGUAGAGCGAGUUUGGACAAAGGAGGCUGUAUCAUGACACCAUCUACUGGGUACCCGUUCCCUACGGUGUUCAGUACGUGCAGUAAGAAGGAUCUGGCGGCGAGUUUGGAGAAAGGCGUAGGCAUGUGUUUGUUUAACAUGCCGGAGGUGAAGGUGCUCUAUGGAGGACAGAAGUGUGGAAACGGUUACGUUGAGGAGGGAGAGCAGUGCGACUGCGGGGAUCUCGAUGAGUGUAUGAACCCGUGCUGUAAUGCCAGUACAUGCACCCUGAAGGAAGAUGCUGUGUGUGCACAUGGACAGUGUUGUGAAGACUGUCAGUUGAAGCCUGCAGGUACUUUGUGCCGUGAGUCCAGUAACUCAUGUGACCUACCAGAGUUUUGCACUGGCGCAAACCCACAAUGUCCAGCGAAUGUGUACCUGCACGACGGACACGCCUGUCAGAGCGUGGAUGGCCACUGUUACAAUGGCAUCUGUCAAACACAUGAGCAACAGUGUAUUACACUGUGGGGUCAGGGUGCUAAGCCAGCUCCAGGAAUCUGUUUCGAGCGAGUGAAUUCUGCUGGAGAUCCAUACGGGAACUGUGGGAAAGAUGCUAAAGGAUCAUUUGCCAAAUGUGAAGCACGUGAUGCUAAAUGCGGUAAGAUCCAGUGUCAGGGCGGAGCCAACCGACCAGUGAUUGGCACCAACGCCGUCUCCAUAGAGACCAACAUCCCGCUCAAGGAGGGUGGCCGUAUCCUCUGCCGCGGUACUCACGUGUACCUGGGAGACGACAUGCCUGAUCCGGGCCUUGUGCUGACCGGCACCAAAUGUGGAGAAAACAUGAUGUGUUUAAACAGACAGUGUCAGAACAUUAGUGUUCUCGGUGUUCACGAUUGCUCAAGCAAGUGUAAUGGACAAGGGGUUUGUAAUAACAAGAAGAAUUGUCAUUGCGAGGCGCUCUGGGCUCCACCGUUCUGUGAUAAAGCCGGGUUUGGAGGAAGUGUGGACAGCGGACCAAUGAGACCAACAGACAGCAGCAGUUUGACGGUGGGAAUCCUGGUGAUGUUUCUGUGUCUGCUGUGUGUGGGAAUAAUCGCAUGUAUUAAGAGAAAAACUCUGCUGAAUUUAUUCUUCAGCAACAACAAGAACACCAUUGAAAAACUGCGAUCUGUGGGCCCCAACAAACUGAACAGUCCAGUUCAUACACACACAACAAACAACCCAAACAUAAGGACUCAUACACACUCAGCAUACAGAUCAUCUCCAAAACAUCAGACAUCAAGUGUAACACAAAAUGCCAGCAUAUAUAAGCCGCAGUCUCCACUUCAGACGGUGGAUUCGGUGGUGCGCAGAGCGACCCCUUGCCCUCCGGUCCAACUCUCUCACCCGCUGCCGCUCUGCCUGACCUGGGCUCCGCCUCCACCGCCCCUCCCUCACAGUCUCUCAUCUCCACCCAGAGCACCGACUCGCACAUCUCCAGCUGGAGGACGGGGGGUCCGUGGCAUUACCUGUCAGAACGUGAAUAAGAUUGCCAUGGUGAGCACUGUAUGUCUGCAAACCCGAGAUGGGUUUGAAAAGCCCAGUCCACCGCAGAAACCCCUUCCCGCUGACCCGCUGGGUCGAAACAUCCGUGUAAUGCGAAGCCCGUCUGCCAUCCGACUCCCAGCUCCCAUCCCGACUUCAGUCACUUCCCGACCUCUCCCACCACAUCCACAACCGAACAGGCCUCCCCCAAAACAACCACCUGUCCUGCCCAAGCCUCAUUUCACAGCUGGAGUGAAGUUCAACAGCUGAGAGUCGGGCAGAUGAGGUCUCAUCCCUGGAGAUACUCGAUUUUUGCACUAUGAAGCUCUGCAGAUACAUGUCAGAGUCCUGAUGUAAGGGGUGAACUUUGACCCCUGCGGUGCUCUCUCCCUCUUUCUCCCCAGCAGACGAUUCUGGGCCGGAUCCUAAAUCCCAGAGUCGUCUGUUGUCUGGGUCUCUAACCGGUGCUAUGAGUUAACACUCAGGUACAUGUCACACGUAAUUUAUGUGUGUUGAAAGCGUAUUUAUUUAGCGUUUGUUUAAAGCAUAUUUCCACACGGUGCACUGUGGUCGACACUUUCUCAAUCGUAGUCGGUGGUUCGCCGUUUACCCGAUUGUUCUUUUGUUUAUCUUGCAUCAUUUUAAAUGAAUGAACUGUGCAUCAAGAGACUUCAUACAGAGAUGUGUUAUCUGUGAAAAUGAACUAUGUGACGUGGAUGCUAAACUGGAGGAAAAAUCAAAUGAAAUGGGAAUUAGGAGUGAAUUAGGAGUCAAACUUUGAAAGAUGUUUUCAAUUCAGUUUUUUGUAGACAUACUCCUGUUGUAUCACAUUGUAAGGGCUUUUUUAGUAUGUGACAUUAUUUAUAACCCAUAUUCAUUGUAUUAUUGUUUUAUGGUAAUAGUUAAAUCUGGAUUAAGGCCCAUUCACAUAACAAUAAUGUCAUAACUGUCCAAUGCAUUAAAGUCUAUACAGCAAAAAAU